AUGCUGAACACCAGUCCGCCCACCGAUUGCGGUGAUAUCGAUUCGUGGGCGGGUAUAACGCUUAACCUCACAGUCACCUCGAACGGCACCCAGUAUGACCGCUUCGGCACCUUCACGUUCCAGAACACCGAGAUCUGGCGUACGUCGACUCCAGAGCCUACUGCAGGCGGUAUCUACUGGACGUACACCAAGGACGUCACCCGCUAUACCCCUCUCUUCAAAGAAAACGGUACCUUUAUGUUCGAGAUACAGAACAUCGUGAACCAGCAGUAUGACGGGGAGUACGCAGCGACCGUGUAUGCGACCUUCUAUGCGGCGAGUUCCCAAUAUCCGACUGCCGGCCAGUCCAACAUCAUCGUGCCAAUCUCCACUAUGAGCAACAAGUCUUCAGAUGAUGCCUCUGUACCCCCUCAAUUUUCACGCAACGUCACCCUACCGAAGAACACGGUGGAAAUCUACGCUGAGCUGUACGCUUCUGGAAACGGAGAUGAGGAGUUCUGGUACACAAGCAUUGCGAACAAGUAUCUGAAGAACGUCUCGUCUGACGCCACCUACGGCAACGGGCCAUUCCGGGAGCUUCGUCUCCUCGUCGAUGAUAAAGUUGCCGGCGUCGCCUUGCCCUACGCCACGAUCUUCACGGGAGGCAUUAACCCGUCACUUUGGCAACCUAUCACUUCAUACGGCGCCCUCGACCUGCCCACCUACUUCCUCGACCUGACGCCCUUCGUACCUGUCUUCGCCGACGGCCUUCCGCACAAGGUCUCGCUCGACGUCGUCUCUGCCGAGUCGGACCACAAGAUCAACUCGAACUGGUACGUCUCGGGUCUGCUGCAGGUCGUAACCGAUCCCUCGGGCAAACCUACGACGGGCAACAUGACGGCGUACGACGUACAGCCGUACGCGGUGGCCCACACGAACGGCAGCGUCGGCGGGAAGGACGUGAACGUGACGGUGAGCGCGACGCGCUCGCUGAAGAUCGAGUCGACGAUUGUGAGUGGGAGCGGGAACACGACCAGCGUGGUCUGGGAGCAGAACUUCGAGUUUGAGAAUCAGCAGUGGUACCUCGAUGGUGCCAAUACGCAGAAUAUCCUGCAGAAUGCCCAGGGGACUAUGCAGUCGACGCACAAUGGGAAGAUUAUCGUUUCGGAUAGCUUUCAAUACCCGCUUGCCAUUAACAUGACAUACCCCUCCGGAUCCUUCUACACUAUCAUCGACCACUCUUACGACCGCCAGGUCUCCCCGGCCCCUUUCAUCCUUGGCUCAAGCAUCCAAGAGCGGCAAAUAGCCUGUACGCAGCUUGUCGUCAUGCCAUUCCCGGGCGAGUACAACUCGCUGAACGUGACGAACCAGAACACCUUCGCUUACAACGACACGAGCGGAAACACGUACUAUCGCAACGUCACUGCGUCCCAUCUUAACGUUACACAGGACCAGCAAGGCGGCUCUCUCGCGUCGAACGCGCUGUUGAUGGGCUUUGACGGUGCACCCUCGGCAGUGCAGAAGAUGCCGUUGCCUAGGUUGAAGUACGCGCAAGCAAAGCUCGCGGGGUCUGGCGCUUGA